AUGCUGUCCUGUUUCUUGUUCCUCUCCAAACAUAUCAACACUUCGCUGGUGUCUCUGCGCAGCGCGCGCCGCGGCUUUGCGCUCUCGCCGCGCUGGCUCCCGGGGGGCCCCUCGGGCCGCCAGACCGCCGCCCCCCGCCGCCCCCUGGUGGCAGCCGCCUCCUCCGGGGACCCAGCCGGGCCCGCCUCCGCCCCCUCCCGGGUGCGCCAGAACUUCCACCCCGACACCGAGGCCGCCAUAAACCGCCAGAUCAACCUCGAGCUCUAUGCGUCUUACGUGUACCUGUCCAUGGCCUAUUACUUCUCCCGAGAUGACGUGGCCUUGAACAACUUCGCCAGAUAUUUCCUUCGCCAGUCCCGGGAGGAGACAGAGCACGCGGAGAAGCUGAUGAGGCUGCAGAACCAGCGAGGAGGCCGGAUCUGCCUGCAGGACAUCAAGAAACCGGACCAAGACGACUGGGAGAGCGGGCUGAAUGCCAUGAAGUGUGCUCUGCUCUUGGAAAAGGAUGUGAACCGGUCGUUGCUGGAAUUGCACACACUGGCCUCAGACAAAGGUGACCCCCAUUUGUGCGACUUUCUGGAAACCCACUAUCUUAAUGAGCAGGUGAAGUCCAUCAAAGAACUAGGUGACCACGUGCACAACUUGGUUAAGAUGGGGGCCCCAGAUUCUGGCCUGGCAGAGUACCUUUUUGAUAAACACACCCUUGGAAAUGAAAACAACUAG